AUGGCCGACGACGCGGAGAACGGCUCGCUCGAGGUCGAAUGCUCCACAACAGCCUCCGGCUCAUUCAUCAAAUACGGCUACGUCGUGAUGCGAAAGCCAGACGUCGAGCUCUCUUGCAGCGAGGAUUAUCUUAACUGGUUCCACGGGUUCAGAAAGUGCGCCAGAGACGCCGGCUUGCUGGAGUACUUCGACGGCAAGGCCGCCCGUCCAAAGCAGGGCCCCCAGCGGAACGAAUUCGAUCAGAAACAAGCGGCCUUGAACAACUUCAUACUCGAGACCGUAGAAGCGGACUAUUUGGGCGGCUACAGCAAGAAGAAUUGGCAAGACGACCCGAGAAACACUCAAACAUUUGACCAGACCCAGACCUCGGUCAUCCUCCAGCGCGUUAAGGACUCCCUUGACGGCGACGCACCUCUCGAGGAGUUCGCAACAAAUUACAGGAGCUGGUACAACUGUGAGUGGGCAAUUUCCCAACUCAAUGACGAAUGGGACAACAUCAACGCGAUUCGGGCCAACACGCCAGACUACUUCUACCAUUUCGGGGCUUGGAGCCUCGCGAACGAGUACGACCUCCACAGGAUCCGCAACUUUUAUGUCAAAUCGGCCCCCAAGAUGCCCUCCAUUGAAGAGGUCAAAGAGGCUCUGCGGAAAUAUUGCAGAAAGUGGUAA